AUGCCUCAACAGACCAACUUGAAGUUCCCGGAUAUCGCGUCGCUCUCGAUAUCUUCGUUCUCCGACUACCACUCGGUGUCGUUCUCGGGCAAGGAUGUGCAGAAGGAGGAGGUGAUCGAUAUCUUGGACCAGCAGGGCUUCAUGCCGGAGACGCUCAUGGAGCAGGAGGUGGACUGGUUCUACGAAUCGCUGGGGAUUGACGACCUUUUCUUCAGCAAAGAGUCGCCAAACAGCAUUGCGAACAUCAUUCACACGUUGUACGCGGCCAAGAUUGAGUCCUUUGCGCGGACGCGGAUUGGCGAGGGUGACGAGACGAUGGCGCCGGGCGUGUUUUCGAUCCGCAAGAAGGUGGUGACGGACAACCAUGCUGUGUUCAUCGAGACGGGACACGACCUGGACAACCAGAUCGACGCCAAGUACAUGGACGGCACGAAGGCCUACCGGUUGGUGUCGUACUAUGGGGAGAACAACUUGAAGCUCGUGUUCUUGUACGAGACCAAGUACCCGAGCGACGCGCGCACGGUGGACGCAGAAGCGCUAGUGCGCGGCGAGAUAGAUUUGAUUUCGGACGUGAUCAUGUCCGAGGUCACAUCGACGGAAAACAAGAAGUUGUACGGUCAGUUAAUGCACUUGGUUGCCGAGCGCGAGGGCCCGGUUAUCAAGACGUUCAAUUCUGUGGCUAACCGGGAUGAGGUGCGUUUGAUUGUUGCCUUCCGCAAAAACACGACGAAGCGCUACUACUCUGCGCUAACCUCUUUGCUUCACUACUACCACUUGAAGCCCUCUAAGAUAUUCGCGGAGACAUUCGCCAAUGACGUGGUAAUAUACUCUAUCUACUUGAACCAUUCGGAGCAGCAGGAAGAGAUUGUGCAGAACUUGUCGCUUUCCAUCCUACAGGUAGAGAGGGAAGCCUCGUUGUUGUAUGCCAUCCCUAAUAACUUCUUUGAUCUAUACAGGCUGCGCCAGUUCUCCCCGCAGGAGGCCAUCUACGCGCACUCCGGAUCCAUAUUUGUCAACCAUUUCAUUAAUCGUUUGGGUCAGGAUUACCACACUUUGGUGAAGCAGCUAAACGUCAGGCCUAGCGACACUACAAUGUUGGAGGUUUUGAACAAUUUGAAGAAGAAACUAAGAAAUGAGACGUUCACGCAGCAAAUGAUCAUUGAUGUCUUACACAAGUACAAGGAGAUAGUCUCGAAGCUCUACAAGAAUUUCGCGCAGGUGCACUACACGUCGGCUAAGACGUCUCGCUUCGAAAAGACUUUGUCCUACCAGCGGAUGUCGAAGCUAGAACCAUUCAAGGACGACACAGAGUUUGAACUGUAUCUAACAAAGGUAAUCGCGAAUGACUCUCCUGACUUGUUAAUUCUCCGCACUUUGAAGUUGUUCAAUGAGGCAGUCUUGAAGACUAACUUCUUCAUUACGAGAAAAGUCGCCAUUUCCUUUAGAUUGGACCCGACGUUGAUAAUGCCUGUCGCAGAGUAUCCAGAUACUCCGUUCGGUGUUUUUUUUGUUGUAGGCAGCACCUUCAAGGGCUUCCAUAUCAGAUUCCGCGAUAUUUCUCGCGGUGGUAUCAGAAUAGUGUGCUCGAGGUCUCAGGACCAGUAUGACAUGAACUCUAAAAUGGUCAUUGACGAAAACUACGGUCUAGCCUCUACUCAGCAGAGGAAGAAUAAGGAUAUUCCGGAGGGUGGUUCUAAGGGUGUGGUGCUAAUGAACCCGGGGUUGACCACUCCAACAGAUACCUUUGUUGCGUUCUCACAAUACGUUGACGCGAUCAUCGACAUCUUGAUUCAGGAUCCCAAGAAGGAGAAGUAUGUUGAUCUACUCGACCGUGAGGAGAUUCUCUUUUUUGGGCCAGAUGAAGGAACUGCUGGUUUUGUAAACUGGGCAACUAACCACGCCAGGAAGCGUGGUUGCCCAUGGUGGAAAUCUUUCUUAACCGGAAAGACUGCUGAUUUAGGUGGUAUUCCGCACGAUGAAUACGGUAUGACCUCGCUAAGUGUUCGCUCGUAUGUCAACAAGCUAUACGAGACACUUGAUUUGAAGAACACGAAGAUGAACAAAUUCCAAACAGGCGGACCAGAUGGAGACUUAGGUUCCAAUGAGAUUUUGUUGUCUACCGCGAACGAGCAAUACAUUGCCAUCGUCGAUGGUUCCGGUGUUAUCUGUGACUCCAGCGGUUUGGACAAGGAUGAAUUGAGGAAGCUUGCACGUGAACGGAAGAUGGUGUCAAACUUUGACAAGUCGAAGUUCAGCAACUGCGGGUUCUUUGUGUCGGUGGACGAUGUUGAUAUUAUGUUACCAAAUGGGACAAUUGUCUCUAAUGGUACAACAUUCCGGAACAGGUUCCACUUCGAUAUCUUCAAGUUCGUCGACCGUGUUGACCUAUUUGUUCCCUGCGGCGGUAGACCAUCUUCCAUUGAUAUUAACAACUUGAACUACUACAUCGAUCCUAAGACCAGCAAGUGCAGAAUUCCAUAUAUCGUCGAAGGAGCAAACUUAUUCAUCUCGCAGCCUGCAAAGGUGGCACUAGAGCAGCAUGGAUGCAUUCUAUUCAAGGAUGCUUCCACCAACAAAGGUGGUGUGACUUCAUCUUCCAUGGAAGUCUUGGCAUCAUUGGUAUUGAGUGACGACGACUUUUUGGGUAAGUUUGUUGAAGUUGACGGUAAGAGGACUCCUCUAUAUGAGGAGUAUGUUCGUGAGAUUCAGGAAAAGAUCCAGCGCAAUGCAAUUGCCGAAUUCGAUAGUCUAUGGGUAUUAAAUAAGGCUACCGGAGAGCCAAUUUCUGAGCUUUCGAAUGUUCUCUCACAAACUAUCAACAAAUUGAACGACGACUUGAUUAACUCUAAUGAACUAUGGUUGAACGACUUAAAACUAAGAAACUAUUUGUUGUUGAAUAAGAUCAUCCCGAAGUUGUUGAUUGACGUUGCAGGUCCAACAAAUGUAUUGAAUAACGUUCCUGUCCCAUAUUUGAAGGCCUUGUUGUCCAGCUACUUGUCCAGUAGCUACGUUUAUCUCCACGGGCUUGAUGUUAACAUGGGCAAGUUCUUAGAAUUCAUUGGCGAGUUGAAGAGAGACGCGGAGAAUGUUCAACUGGUCUGA